UAUGAAAUAAGAGUCAAAAUAUUAAACGAUAAAAUAAAUAUGUAAAAUAAGACGAUUGACAUAAAUAUUUUCCAUGUUACAUACAAUAAUGUGUGUUCGCAUAAUACUGGUGUAAUUAAUUUUGAUUGUGUUAAAUAACUACUUUAAUAUAACUGUCGACAAAAAAGUUAAUCAGUGACAUGUCAUAAUAAAAUACAAAGAACAAUAAAUAGCAAUCAACAAGCAUUUCAUUUCACAAGUAUUAAAAAAAAACUUGCGAAAAUACUUAGAUUCCAUCAAAACUUGCAAAGCUCAUUUUAUAACUCAAUGAUUCAAGCAGAUUAAGGAUAUUCAUGGAAUAUAUUCAAUACAAUUUGAUUUGGCCGAAGCAAUCUUGUAACAGACACUUCUAGUCUCUUGAUUCCGCUAAAUUGCAAGAAGCCUCAAAAUGGGGUCCGAACAAAGCUCUCAAAGUGGUAAUCAGGGUACUAACAGUGGAAGAGCGAGGACCACUCAGCUUAGACGGGGCAAAAGUGUUCCAAAUCGCGAAAGAAUGCCAGAAGAUACUCCACCGAGGUGCACCAGUCCUGGCGCCAGCAUUUGCUCUGAUUCUGAUCUUCCAUACAUCUCUUAUACUGUGAAUCGACCCAUCGGAGAUUCCCCAAAAAUGACUAACAAGCAGUCGCAGCUUUACAGAGGAAAGACAAUCGGAGCUGGAGAGAUCUCGACGAAAAAUAGCCUGGGCACUAUGAAUCACAGGCAUACGAAGACCAAUGCAUCAGAUAACAAAAUCCAUAAUAUUGUGGUAGUAAAGCCGGCUCAAGCGGAUCCUACAGCGGACAAGGAUCCUGAUUUAGUGAAACUGCAGACUAUCCCGAUGUUCCUGCCGAUUAUGCGUGGCACGUUGAACCUACCGCCGGGUGUGCGUGAUCCAGAGGUCCUGGAGAGACUCGAUCCGGUCGGCCUGUUCAACUUGUGCGCGCGUUAUCAGCAUCAUCUCAAUGCGAACGCGCAGACAAUAGCCGCGGAGCAGCUUGCUCUGUGCACCAAUAUGGAAACGGAAUUCGCUAAGACGCUGAAUUUCGCUGUUGAUCGACAGAAGAGGUUCGCCAGAUUCGCCGAGCAGCUGAACAAGGUGCACGAACUCAGCCGCCAGCUCACCAGAUGCCACUCGCUUCUUAAUCAAACUCUCGAGAGCCUCGAGACGCUCAACAAUCUGUUGCCGAUAGAAGAGAGACUCGAACCUUUUGUCUGGACCACGGGUUAAAUCGGGAGAUAUUGCGAUCGAUAAUCAUUACUCAUUCACUCGUUUUUUCUAGCAAAGAAAAGCAUCGUAAUUCUCUAACUUGGAAAAGAAAAUUACAAGUUAAACAUUAUAAGAGUUUUGACAUCUAGUCUCUACAUGCCAUGGAAAAGAUAAGAAAAUCAAAUUAAUAAAAAGAAAACAAAUAUG